AUGAGCUUGGAUGAUGCAAUGCAGUAUCUCCUAAACUUGCAGACGGUGCAGUGCUGGAAAGGGAUGACGAGUGCAUCUUGGGAAGUCAAAAUUCUGGAAAACGGGGAAUGUGAUUUGAUGGGGAAAGAUGAAAUUCACAACCAGUGCAUCCUGGAAGGAGUCAGCAAGACUGACCUUUCCAAUGCCAAACUGAUUAACCAGAACUACUCUUUUGAAGAGGGGCAAACGACAAAUCUGAACCUUCCCCCUGAAGAUCUUGAUUCAUCUGGUGAUGACGACGAUGCGUUCUCAGGUUCAGGUGCAGGCCCCCUGACUGACCAAUCUCGCACCUGGAAAAUCCCAGGAGAACCGACUAACUCCUCGUUACUGGCAGUACCCAUGGAUUUCAAAGAACAGCCAUUUCCUGGGAUCGAGAGCCGAACUGAAAAGGAAGUAAUAUCUCCUUUUGCAACCAGCAAUGUAGUGACAGAGGAGCCAGUUGUAGCCAUGAAGGAGGAAGUAUCCAUCCUGGGCUCUCCUAAUGAGAAGACAACAAAUGAUACAGUUACGACAACAGCAAGAAGCCCAACUACUCACUUUCCUGCAGUGGUUCAUGUAACUCCUUCAGAAGCCUCAGACACAGUCCACGAGCUUGAACCUAAAAUCCCUGGCUCUGAUGUGCCAGACAUCCAAGACGUGCCUGAGCCCCACUCUACCACCCAUUAUGAGAGAGACGUCAUUGCCACCCCCACGGCAACAGCUCCAAAGGAUGUUGUUCCUACACAUGUGGAGGUUUCUGAAGAUGGCUCUGGAGACCCGGGAGACUUCAUCUUGACUAAAGAAGAGGAUUUGGUCCCCACCCAGAACUCAGAAGUACCGGCUGACUCUGGAAGGAAUGCCAAAGCAGCAGGAGCCUCAGGAAUUAUGGACAGAAAAGAAGUUCUUGGAGGUGUUAUUGCUGGAGGACUGGUAGGCUUGGUGUUUGCGGUGUUUCUAGUUGCAUUUAUGCUGUACAGAAUGAAGAAGAAAGACGAAGGCAGCUAUUCCCUGGAUGAACCAAAACAGUCUAACGGAGGAUACCAAAAACCACACAAACAAGAAGAAUUCUAUGCAUAAACACUGUUCUUCAGGACACUUCUUAUUCCAUCUUUCUUGGACUCUUCUCUCCCUGCACGUGGACCUCC